CCCUUUGACUUUGUUACCUUUGGGUGAUUAGUUGACAGGAACAUUUAGAUCGUGAGAAGUAUGGCUCGCACCAAGAUUUCAACACGUCGUCAGGCUCAGCGCCAGUUGGCCGAUCGCGAGGAGAAAGUGCGUCUGGCCGAGAUCAAGAUGGAUUCGGCGCUAGAGAAGAUCGAUGAGAUAGGCAAGCGCUACAAGCAGGAGGUGGACAACCAAAUAAAGGUGUUACGUGGAAGGACUGAGAAGAAGCUGCUGCAGAUGAAGAUGUCAGAGUUCUUGGCUCUCAGGAUUAAAACCUUCGCCGAACAUCAGUGGCCAGCUCCCAAGCCGCCAACAACUCGGAGUCAGUCCAUCAGCCAUCAACGUGGUCGAACUCGGACUCCGCAGAAUGCCCAGCCAUCGAGGAUGCAGGCACAGUCGGCGGACAGGGCAGUGGGAGGCGACACCAUGAGCUUUGUGCGAUGGCCCCGCGCCGGAGAGAUGGUGCUCUCGAAGGCGGGCAGCCCGCUGGCCGUCCAGAUGCGACCGGAUCGCUAUGCGGACGUGCACAUUCCCACCAAGGGCGGCGUGAUCACCGUCAAGCCGCACAAGAUCAACAGCGUGAAGCGGGAGGUACUGAUGCAGCUGGACGAGAACACCCUCAACCAGGUGAAGACUCUCAAUGCCAAUCUCGGCUUGAUCGUGGAUAUGGCCAACAAGCUGGGCAAAUCGAAACCAUAAUGGCUAUCGGAAGAAAGAUCUAGAUGACGUACUUUUACGCUUACUUCUUUAAUAUUUUAUUUAGUCUUUUUCAUUUUCUCAUUUUCAAUGUUUUUGUUCAGUUGUUAAACAUUAAGUGAACGUGUCUGUUGUUCUUGUUGCUGUUUGCUGCAUUUUGCUUGCUUCUUGUUGUAUAAUUAAUUAAUAAAUUUAAUUAUUUUAUGUAUAUAUAUAUAUAUAUAUAUAUAUCGAUUUGUAAGUACAAACAUAGCGUACAGAAUUCCGUCUCCACUAACUUUAAAUUUAAUUGUUUAAACAUUUUUCUAUUGUGUUGCAUGUGUGUGUGUGUUAUAUGUGUCUGUGGGUGAACAUUCUCAAUUAUGCUUGUAAGUACUUAGUUAAAUUAAAGUGUAUUGUGUUUUCUAUCAAAUGAAAUUUCAAUUAUAACUUUAUUUGGUUUCCUAACCUUUAAUCUUCACUUUCAACUGCGUGAAUCCUUAGACAAACGUUACAUUUACACAUAUACAGAUUUAGUUACUAAAAAUUAUCAUUAAUUUUUAGUGUUUAUAGUGUUAAAUUUAGCAUUUGUUUUCGGGUUUUCCAUUUGAGUGUGAAUGUGAGUGGGAGUGGGGCGUGUCGAACGCGUUUAUAUAGUUACAGAUACAUAAAAAUACAAUACAUAGCAAAAGGUACAUAUAUAGAGACUUAAAAUACGCUUGUUUUUAAUGAAUUAUUCAAUACGAGUUUUUAGAGACAAAGACAACAUAUAUGUGGACAAUCAAUCGAUACGUGUAAACAGUGACAGAUGACAACAACAUAACACUCAGAUUUGUAACAUUCAGUAUGUUUGUAUGGAUAGGGUUUGAUAGGGUUUUUGUAAAACGAUUUCAAUAAAAUUAAACAAAAGGGUAGUGCGAUGAACAGUCGCACUUAAAACCAGCAAUAAACGAGUAUAAUCUAAUCAAAAUGCUCAUGAUAAUCUUGAAACAAUUUGUCGUUCUUAUCAGUACAGUCUUCCCUCCAAAUCACGUAUUAUAGCAUAUUAUAGCAUACGCAAAUUACCAAUAAUAUGUUCAUCAAAGCGCUAAAUAAUCGUUGAUGAGUGAACAAAAUUAGAUGCAUAUGUGACAUUUUGAACUGAAGUUGCCUGCUCUUAAAGAUCUGAUCCCCUUCCGUAAAUUCAGCAUUAAUCCAAACUCCUAUAUACGUGGCAAAACCAACCUAUGUAAUUAAAUAUCGGUUUCGGUAUUCCUAAGCCUCUAACUACGCUAAACCCGACCAACUCGGAGUUUUCAAACUCGUUUGCUACUUUUGAAAAUGCUUUCCAGUUCCAAAUUUUGCACAUUGUUUAGGCCUAUUUCGUCGUACGUUCUUCGGUCUUUCAACUUUUUUUCCAUUUGGUAACACAGCCAAUCAACGAUGCCUUCCUCCAUCAAACCGAUAUUCUUGUUCCACUAUUGUUUUUAUAUUUUGCAUAGACUGAAGAGAAGUUAAUUUAAAUAUUGAGUAGUGUGCUGCGUGAUCUGCGUGAAAUUUGUAGUUAUAUUGCUCUCGGUUCUGUUCUACAAGUUUUUUGCGUUCGUACAAAUUUCUACUCGUUUUUGUUUUUUUUUUUGGUUUUUGUGGUUUACAAAAUUGUGCUAUUUUCGCUAUUUUGUUUAAAAACUAUUUUCUUUGAGGCUGUUGUUUUAGAAUUCGUUAUAACCGUUAAAUGCUAGUUUAUAUAUUAGGUUUGUAUUUCGUUAUUCUUAUGUUUGGGCACUACUCAUUGCGGUUCAGGGCAUCUUUUGUAUUUUGUAUUUAGUAAAUAGUAUUUUUUUUAUUUGUAAUAUCAAGUUUAACAAAUCUUUGUAGGCUUUAUGCACGGGUACAGGGCGUUGCAUUAUUUGUUUUGUAAUUCUCAUUCUCAAUCUCAUUCCGUCUCCAUUCUCGGCUAAUAUCUUAAAUCGUCAGUGUGUGAUUUGGUACAAAUUUUAUGGUACUAGGUUGCAUACAAAUGAAAUUCAAUUAUGACUGAUACUGUACAGAACAAAUAAGUACUUUUCACUUAGGGACAUCCGCUAGGCAGAUUCGGAGUGUAAAAUCAACUUUUACAUCGAAUUUGUGCAGCGAAACCAAUUUGUAUCUGUAAUU